AUGGCUAGGCAUCUGUGUGCGCUGAUGCGCCGGCCAGUAUGGCGUCGGGCUCUUUUGACCCCAUCGAUCGCCCUUCCGAUGAGAAGAAUUCAGCCUCAAUUGCGAUCAAUUGCGACUCCUCUUGCCCCUCGCUCGCUCAGCACAACUGCCUUUGCUCAGGCCGAAGCCUUGAACUCGCAGCAAAGUGCCACUUCGAUUCCCAUGUCCGAGAUCGAAACCGAAAAACGGACACCCCAGACCUUGACCGAGAAGAUCGUCCAACGCUAUGCAGUUGGUCUCCCCGAAGGAAAGUUCGUCCGGAGCGGCGACUACAUCAGUCUGGCGCCUCAGUACUGUAUGACCCAUGACAACUCGUGGCCUGUCGCCACCAAGUUCAUGUCCAUGGGAGCGACCGAGGUUCACAACCGCAAGCAGAUCGUCAUGACCCUUGACCACGAUGUCCAGAACACCAGCGAAGCCAACCUCAAGAAGUACCAGCAAAUUGAGACCUUUGCUGGUCAACACGGUAUUGACUUCUACCCUGCCGGUCGAGGUAUUGGACACCAGGUUAUGGUUGAGGAGGGAUAUGCCUGGCCGGGUACCAUGGCUGUAGCCUCCGAUAGUCACAGCAACCACUACGGUGGUGUUGGUUGUCUGGGAACUGCUGUUGUGCGGACAGAUGCUGCUAGUAUCUGGGCCACUUCGCGGACAUGGUGGCAGAUCCCGCCUGUUGCCAAGGUCACUCUCACCGGAACCCUCCCGGUAGGUGUGACCGGUAAGGAUGUGAUUGUCGCGCUGUGCGGACUUUUCAACAGUGAUGUUCUUAACCACGCAAUUGAGUUCGCCGGCUCUGAAGAGACCAUGUCAAGUCUUCGUGUGGAUAGCCGACUGACCAUUGCCAACAUGACAACUGAGUGGGGCGCCCUCACUGGUCUGUUCCCCAUUGACCGCACCCUAGAGCGCUGGUUGCGAUACAAGGCUACCGAGGCAGCUAUGCUUGAUGACCGUACCACUCGUGACCGCAUUACUCACGAGCGUGUCGAUGAGUUGUUCGCCAACCCCCUUAAGGCUGACCCUGAUGCUCAGUACGCCAAGCAGCUCUACCUCAACCUCUCCACCCUCUCACCCUACGUCUCCGGACCAAACUCAGUCAAGGUUGCCACUCCAUUGAAUGAGCUCGUUCAACAGAACAUUAAGGUUAACCGCGCAUACAUUGUUUCUUGCACCAACUCACGUGCUUCCGACAUCGCAGCCGCCGCCAAGGUCUUCAAGGACGCCGCCAAGGCCAACAACGAUGUGAUCCCCAAGAUUGCUGAUGGCGUUCAGCUGUACAUUGCCGCUGCUUCCGCACCCGAGCAGGAAGCCGCCGAGGCUGUCGGUGACUGGCAGGUUCUGCUCGACGCUGGCGCGCAGCCACUGCCUGCCGGUUGCGGACCCUGCAUUGGACUCGGAAAGGGUCUCUUGGAGCCCGGCGAGGUUGGCAUCAGUGCCAGCAACCGUAACUUCAAGGGACGUAUGGGUUCUCGAGACGCCAAGGCCUACCUGGCCAGUCCCGAAGUUGUGGCUGCCAGCGCUCUCAGCGGACUUAUCUCCGGCCCCGGUGCUUACCAGGUGCCUGAAGGCUGGUCCGGCGUGGAGCAUGGAUUCGGCACUGGUGCCGAGCCCUCCACCGAGAGCGAACUCGACAACCUGAUCCAACAGAUGGAAUCACUGAUCGACCGCGUCGAGUCAUCCGCCGGAGGCGAAGAGAAGGCCGCCACCGAGAUCCUCCCCGGCUUCCCCGAGAAGAUCAGCGGAGAGAUUGUAUUCUGCGACAUGGACAACCUCGACACCGACAACAUCUACCCCGGAAAGCUCACAUACCAGGACAACGUCUCUAAGGAGGACAUGGCGCUCGCUUGCAUGAUGAACUACGACCCCAACUUCAAAGACGUCGCCAAGCCCAACGACAUCCUUGUUUCCGGCUUCAACUUCGGCUGUGGUUCCUCCCGCGAGCAGGCCGCUACCGCCAUCCUGGCUAAGAAGAUUCCCCUCGUCGUCGCCGGUAGCUUCGGCAACAUCUUCUCCCGAAACAGCAUCAACAACGCGCUGAUGGGCCUGGAAGUCCCUCGCCUUGUUGAGCGUCUGCGUGCCACCUUUGCUGAGUCUGCUGCUGAGCGCCAGCCUACCCGCCGUACCGGCUGGACCCUGACCUGGGACGUCAAGCGCAGCUCUGUUGAGGUGCGUGAGGGAGAGAAUGGUGAGACCUGGACCGAGCAGGUCGGUGAGCUACCCGCCAACGUGCAGGCCAUUAUUGCUGCAGGUGGACUCGAGGCUUGGGUCAAGGAGGAGGUUAAGAAGGCUGCUACCAAGUCUUCCUAG